ACAAGUUUUAAGUGCGCGCACUCUCUCUGGGCGAGAGCAGUGUGAAUCUGAGAGCGCGCGUCCGGUUUUGUGCGAGAACAAAGGAAAUUUCUGAAGCACUGCAAACGGCACUGUGAGGUUAGGCUACUUUGUGAGAACUCUGCUUCCUGUUCAGUUAUAAUGGAAUACAUGGAUUCAUAUAAUUAUGAUGAUAUUUUAGAAGUCCUAAGCAAUCAAACAAAAGAAGAGCCUUCUCAUGUGGAAUUACAUCCUCAGCACUGCAGGGAAGCAGCGUGUGUAAUCACAGUCAUCUUUAAUGUGAUUGUAUUCUGUCUUGGCAUCAUUGGGAAUGGUGCAGUGAUCUGGAUUACUGGAUUUAAGAUGAAGAAGUCAGUGAACACCACCUGGUACCUGAGCCUGGCAUUGUCUGACAUCAUAUUCUGUGCUACUCUCCCUUUCACCAUGGACUACAUAGUUAAGAACAGCUGGAACUUUGGGCUCUUCAUGUGCAAGUUUACUGCUUUUGUUAUGACCCUUAAUAUGUACAGCAGUGUUUUCAUCCUGGUCAUCAUUAGUGUGGAUCGCUGCAUCACUGUCAAGUUUCCCACCUGGGCCCAGAAUCAGCGCACUGUACAGAAGGCGUCUUUAGUUGUUGUGUUGGCUUGGCUUGUGUCUUCUUUGCUUAGUAUUCCAUCAGCCAAAUUCAGAGAGAUUCAUAAUGCAACAACAGUCAUAUGCUAUAACAACUUUGAAGGUCACCACAAAACCGUCGUGUUCACCCGCUUUACUUUUGGGUUUUUGAUUCCAUUCCUGACCAUUUUCAUCUGUUACUCCAUCUUGAUCCAUAAACUUCGAGCAAACCAGAUGUCCAAAUUCACCAAGCCCUACAAGAUCAUGACAUUACUGAUCGCAACUUUUUUCAUCUGUUGGUUGCCAUUUCAAAUAGUUUCUGUUUUAGAGUUGGACAAACACGAGCACGACCCUGUCUUUCACACAGCCCAAAAAGUAUCUGCUUCUCUUGCCUGUGCAAACAGCUUUCUAAACCCAUUCCUCUAUGCAUUCAUGGCAAAGGGCUCAAAGAAGAAAUGCUAUUCCUUUCUUUCAAAGAUCGAGAGUGCCAUUGAUGAGGAGACCAGAAGUGCUUUUAGAGCAAUUUCAAUUACCAAUUCUGUGGAUAACUGACUUUCUAUUACUGUCUGAAAUUUUAUCACAAGUCACAGACUAUUCCUCUUAAUUCUCUUCCAAGUGUAACUGUAGAAUGCUGUAUUACAGAAACGACUUAGCAAUAACAAGUAGUAACAUUGUUUUGUUGCAUGUUUGAGUUUCAGAAAUUCACAAGUAUAUUUUACAAGCUGUUUUAUAAGACAUUGUAUAUUAAAAUGCCAUUUUGUUUAAU